AUGGGAAUCAACUACGCGCAAGACCCGCCUUCCUGUAUCUACGGUGGUACCUGUACGACGCCCGGUGCGAACUACAUCGGUGUGCCAACCGCUGUGUACAACAAGCGUGGUCACAAAUCCUGGUACCAGGGGUUGCGAUACGCUGCUAACAACUACUGCAAGCAAGACCCUAAAGCGAAGCAGGACUAUAAGACCAGGACCACUGGGGCAUCAACAGCAACGGCACGUGUUAUCCGCUGUGGAACGUGUACACAGGUGCCUACUUGUGUGACCCUGACAACACGUACUGGAAAUGUGCGCAACCUCGAAACGCAACCACGACACCCACGUCGAACGCCAUGA